AUCGUUACCCUGCUUUCUUCUGCGUCGUGCCUGUCGCGAGCGCCGACCUACAUCUGUUAUCGAGUGCUCGGCAAUGUCUUCGUCUUCGAGCGCAGCCACCGCACCGCCGUGGGCCGACCUUCUGCCGGAGCUGUGCGACCUCGUCAUGGAGCAUCUCGACCCCAUCACCAUACUUCGCUUCCCUGCCGUCUGCAGGGGUUGGUCCGAAGCGUGCGAGGAGAAUCCACGCCUGUUGCGGGCGGGCGCGCCUGCGCUGCUCACGCCCGGCCUGGACCCCGACGGUUGCGAGACCGAGAGCAACGUCGACGCGGGCGCAUUCUGCCUCCACGACGUGUCUGCCGCCGGCGGCGGCGGCGGGCGCAGGUCCUUUUGCGGCGAGGCAGAGGGAUUGAAGGGCCGGGCCUGGGUCGGCGGCAACCAUGGGUGGCUGGCGACCGCGGACUGGCGCUGCGACGUCGAGCUGCUGAACCCCGUGACUGGCGCGCGGGUUCGCCUGCCGUCCUUCGCCACCAUUCCCGGAGUCGAGGUCGAGGUCAACUUCCACGUCGUCGCCCGUACCGCUGGUGGCUACUCCUUAGGCAAGUUCCACAAGAUCCUCAAGGUCGCGCUGUGCCGGACGCCGUCGCACGCUGACGGCCACCUCGCCAUCGCUAUCUUCUCCGGAGGUCUGCUGGCGUUCACGGCGGCCGGCGGCGGAGACAAAGGCGAGUGCAGGUGGACGGCGUUGAAGAACGCCGCGGCCGAUGUCUCGUACAUGGACGCCAUCGCCCUCGAUGGGAAGCUGUACGCCGUGGACGAGCUCGGCCGCUUGUACUCUUGGGACAUCGACGAUGGAGCCAUGACAGAGCCCACGGUGGUUCAGGGACCGGAGAAUGACGAGAUGAGCCGCUAUGGCACUGACCUGUGCGGGUUCUACCUGGCUGCUUCCGUCUGCGGCCAGCGGCUUAUGCUCAUGUGCAUACACGGCUACGACGUCGCCCGUGCUUACCUGUACGGGCGAAGAAGCAGAUGUUGGGACAGUCGCGUGUGGAGCAGACUGGUGUUCGACGACAGGAGGAGCUUCUGCGAGCUCGGCAUGUCGCUCCACGAGCUCGACGCUGGCGGCGGCAGUUGGCGGCGUGUCACGGACCUCGGCGGAGAUCGCGCCCUCUUCCUGGGCGCAAACUAUCCUUUCUACCUCACGGUCCGGCACAGAUUUGGUUCUGCGGAUCUUGAGGCGGACUGCGUCUACCUCUCCGACACGCCCUACGGCUACGACACGGCCAUCUUUGAUCUCAAGGAGGGCAUCGGAGGUGACGGUCACAUCAAGCAGCAGCUCUAUUACUCACUCGUAGCUGAUCCGUUACAGAUGCCCAUGUGGUUUGUGCCAACGGACUAUCCACACUAAUAGGUGGUUAGCCACUAGUCUGUUUAAUUUGUCUAAGAUUUAGUUUCUAAUAAUAAUGAGAGGCGUGCAGUCGUGAGUUAGAUAGAGCUACGUGUUAGAGCAUCUCGAAUGUUAGUCAAAACAGAUCUCACUUAUCAACAAACAGUCACGCCUUCUUUCAGGGGAAUAUGAAGAAAUUUCAUGC